GAUUGGUCAAAAUUAACCUCGGGGGUGUGUUCAGCAGGUAAAGAUUAGCGGGUCCGUUCCAUAUAAACCAGGGCUCCAGGUGACAUCUCUCAUCGACAGGAUCACACAGCAACCAUGAGGUCUCUGGUCUUCGUUCUGCUCAUCGGAGCUGCUUUUGCCACGGAGGACGACAAGAUCGUCGGAGGGUAUGAGUGCAAGCCCUACUCCCAGCCCCAUCAGGUGUCUCUGAACUCUGGCUACCACUUCUGUGGUGGCUCCCUGGUCAACGAGAACUGGGUUGUGUCUGCUGCUCACUGCUACAAGUCCCGUGUGGAGGUGCGUCUUGGAGAGCACAACCUCAGAGUCACUGAGGGCAAAGAGCAGUUCAUCAGGUCCUCCCGUGUCAUCCGCCACCCUGAGUACAGCUCCUACAACAUCAACAAUGACAUCAUGCUGAUCAAGCUGAGCGAGCCCGCCACCCUCAACCAGUACGUGCAGCCUGUGGCUCUGCCCACCAGCUGUGCUCCUGCUGGCACCAUGUGCAAAGUCUCUGGCUGGGGCAACACCAUGAGCUCCACUGCUGACAAGAACAAGCUGCAGUGCCUGGACAUCCCCAUCCUGUCCUUCGAGGACUGUGAUAACUCCUACCCUGGCAUGAUCACUGAUGCCAUGUUCUGCGCUGGAUACCUGGAGGGAGGCAAGGACUCUUGCCAGGGUGACUCUGGUGGCCCCGUCGUGUGCAACGGUGAGCUGCAGGGUGUUGUGUCCUGGGGCUACGGAUGUGCUGAGAAGGACCACCCUGGUGUCUACGCCAAGGUCUGCAUCUUCAACGACUGGCUGGAGCACACCAUGGCCAAGUAUUAAGUCUGAUCUUGCGAUCACCAUCGUACUGUGCUGCCUUUCUAUCAUUAUUUGUUGUAGAGUUUUUAGCAGUGGCACUGUUUUACAUUUGAGUCAAUAAAGUCUUACAUCUUGACUUUUAAAUGA